GGCGGGGCCGCGCCGGCGGCGGGGAGGAGCCGGGCCAUGGCGACCGCGGAGGGCGGCGUGCGCGCGGGGCGGGCGUCCUGCUCCGGAGCCCGGCCUGGCGGGGCCCAGUGCCGCGCGGCAGGAGCGGUGGGGCCGCCCCCGGGACGGAGCGGCGGCGGAGCCCUGCGGGCCGGGGAGCGCACCCCCGCGGCCGUGGAGAAGCGGGGCCCGUACAUGGUGGCGCGCGCUCCCUCCCUUCAGGCCAAGCUGCAGAAGCACCGGGAGCUGGCCAGGGCGGUGCUGCGGAGGAAGGGCGUCCUGGGGGCCGCGGCCUUCCGCCCCGACUCAUCGGCGAGGAGGUCGGUCAAGUUUAACAAGGGCUACACGGCGCUCAGCCAGAGUCCAGAUGAAAACCUGGUGUCCCUCGACUCGGACAGUGACGGGGAGCUGGGAUCCAGAUACUCCUCCGGGUACUCCUCUGCAGAGGCAAGUUCCGCACAGCACCGCCGCUCUGCCAAAUGCUUGUUUGGCGCCUGCUGCGUGCGGGGCACGGCGCCAGCUUCCGGUCUGCCCUCCUCCCCCAGCAGAGCAGGUGACCCAGGAAGUGAGCCGGCAGCUGCUGCAGGACGGGUAUCACCUGGAUGAGGUGCCCGACGACGAGGACCUGGACCUCAUCCCCCCUAAGCCCGUGGCCUCUUCCGCGUGCUCCUGCUGCUGGUGCUGUCCCGGGGACUCUUCCUGCACCCUGCAGUAGGCACGGCCGCCCACGGGGCCCUGCCGCGGAACACUGGAGGCACUGACCGCCUGCGGGGCGGCAGGUGGAGUCCUGCACUGUCCUCUGCUGGAGCAGACCUGGGAGAACCGCUGAGGGCGGCGUCCUGGUUCUGGCAGUGGGUGACGCGGUGCUGUCGGGGAGGACAGGGCAGGCUGCGUGCCCGGGCCGGGCUGGGCUGGGGCAUUGUUGGAGGUACAGAGGGCUGGGACCAGUUCCGGAACUCCAUGUGCCCUACUUCCCUCCCUGGCUCUGAGAUGGGUUGCCGUUGCUGCUGUUUGACCUUUGUCCUUCAGGUUGCACCUGUCCGGCUUUGGCAGGGAACAGGCAGGUAGCCUGAUGGCUUCCGGUGUGCCUGGCCGUGGGUGGGGCUUGCCCACCUGGUCCAGCUGUCAGGCAGGUUUAGUGACGGUCAGCCCCGCCCCGGCUGGCCCUGGAGGCCUGCAGUGUCGUGGUUGCCAGCAGAGGGAGCUGCAGGGAGCAGUCAGUGUGUGGGUGCACCUGCGUGGGUUUAGGCCUAAACCGAUGCUCACAGACAGGAUCGGGGGGACCUAAGGCAGGUCUGGGCCCCACCUGAGGACAUCCUGUGACAUCCCCAGCACAGCACAGCUUCUCUGGCCCUCGGCCGGGGCACAGCACGCGGGCAUUGUUUCCCACAACCCCCUGGACAGCAGUCUGCUUUUCCAGGCCUCUGGAGUUUUCUCGUGGCCUCCUUGUUUUGUGUGAAAGGGAGUGGAUAGCGUCCCCGGGGCCGAGGCAAGGCAGGAUGGGGAAUGAGGUGAUGAGGCCCUGUGGCCACUAGGGGCAGACGAGGGGCGGCACAGGCUGCUGGGGAGAGCCCUGCUUGUCGCCUGUCCGCUGUCCUCGGCAGGGAGUCCCUGCUGGCCUUGGUGGGCUUGUCUCAGUGUGUCAGUGUGAGGCCAAGGAGACUCCUGCUGUCCAGGGCCACGGCUGACUACUGCUGGCGGCUUCGUAAGGAGAAGGGACUGAGCUGGGCCGUUCACCGGGGCCUGGGCUGCCCAGCCUGCAGGGCGUGGGAACACCACCAUUCGGAAUCUCGCUGUCCAGGCCUUCCUGCUUCUGCAGAGGUGGAGCGCACGUGUGGGAAGGGAUCGGACGUAGGGCAGGUUUGAGAGGGGGGGCGCCCAGGGCAGCCAGGUGUGGAGCCACAUCUCUGGGCAGUUGGUCAGGGAGGAGGCGCCUGGGAGAGCAGGUAGCAGGCCUCCAAAGGCCAGGCCCGAGCGGUGCUGUGGUCAGCGCUGCUGCGCGUGGCUGUGGCCGUCCCUGGAGAGGCGGGUCCGGAGCUGGGCCACCUGUGUCCGGGCACCAUGCCUCGUGGAGGCACGGCAGGCCCAGAGCAAGAGGCCGCAGUGAGGCGGGGUGGAAACGGCCACUUGGGCCAGGGGCCGCAGGCUGAACACCUGCAGAGGCACGGAGCCGCACUGCCUUACCUCUGAGGGCUGGGUGUCUGCAAGGAGGCGCCGCAUGGGGUUUGCGCCACCAGGCUUGCUCUUGUCCAGCUCUGUAUGUUACAAUAAACACAGUCCUGCUGCUUGA